UUCUACGGAUAUGGCCGCGUAUCGGCAAUACAACACUGCAAUGUUUUGUAUAAUCAUUUUUUAAAAUGUAUAAAGUGUUUUUUUAUUAUAGUGACUAGUACUGACUAGCAGAUUGUGUAUAGUGCUGUGAUAUUUGUAAUGGAUAUAGAAGAGAGCGAAAUAAGAGAUGCAAUCGAGAUGGUAGAGACUCUUCAGUCCAUGAUCGACGUUGCAGCUGAAAGACUCGAGGGUCUGAGGACGCAAUGCUCUACGAGCGCGGGGCUGACGCAGCAGGAGAUCCGGACCCUGGAGGGCAAGCUACUGAAGCACUUCGCGAAACAGCUGAAGAUCAAGGAGCGGUUCGAAGAAAUCCUUCCGCAGUUGAACGACAUACCUUGCUUGCGGCAGUGGCUACGAGUGGUUGGGCUCAGCGAACAAGCCAUACAGCAAAUAUGCCUCCGAGUGUCAACUCUGGAUUCGCUCAGAGACCGUUCGGAUUCCGAACUACGCGGCUGGUUGGUGUCCGUGCGAGAGGAGGAAUGGAAACGAUUGUGUCGAGCUAUGAACCGAUUGCGGGCCUAUACCGACGCGUUAAAUCGCGGCGAGGCGGAAGCGGAAAUCCAACUAUACUGGGAUUCCUGGGACCGGAACAGGCAAGAAUGGGAGCGGACGCGGCUGGAGUGGGAGCGCAGCCAGCAGUGGCGCGGCUCGCCGCGCGCGCGCCUGCGCCAGCGCGGCUCCGUGCCCAGCGACCCCGACACCACGCCGCGUAAAGUCGGCAAAUCACCUAGGACACCUUUAAACAAACGGAAAGAGAACUCUCAUCUCCCGGCACCGACGAACCUCACCAAGUCGCGGUCACACGAGAGUCAGCUCGCAGGACGACCGGACGAAGUCGGACCGGACGUCAGGUUAGAUCUUAUUCAAAAACACCUAGGACACCUCUAUAAACAAAUGGAAAGAGAACUCUCAUCUCACGGCACCGACGAACCUCACCAAGUCGCGGUCACACGAGAGUCAGCUCGCAGGACGACCGGACGAAGUCGGACCGGACGUCAGGGUUCACUACCGUACAGCGUGAUCGGCGCCACGCCCCGCUCCCCGCGCACCCCCGUCGGCCGCUGCAUGGCGCACGACAUCGCGCACCGCUUCGCCAAGACUUUCAAUAUGAUCGCGACCUGCGACUAUUGUGAUAAGCAGAUGCUGUUCGGGUCAGGGCUGAAGUGUAAAAGUGCAAGUUUAAAUGUCACAGGUGAGUUUAGACCUUAUUUCCUUCCCACUAUGGUUCACUAUCGUAUGGCGCGCGACAUGUUACACCGCUUCGCCAAGACUUUCAAUAUGAUCGCGACCUGCGACUAUUGUGAUAAGCAGAUGCUGUUCGGGUCAGGGCUGAAGUGUAAAGAGUGCAAGUUUAAAUGUCACAGAGAUUGCGAGCCUAAAGUACCUCCAUCGUGCGGCCUACCCGUCGAGCUAGUCCACGCCUUUAGAGACAAAGUUAGCUUCAAAGAGACUCCAUUUGGGCCUACUCCCCUAUUACAUCUUCUGGCGGCGGGCUCGGCCGGGUCGCCGGGCGCGUCGCGCGGCUCGCUGUUCGGCACCAUACAGCGGACGCACCGACACAAGGAGAGGAGGCAGAAACACCCGGGCGACGACCUAUCGAAUUCGUCAUCGUGCAACAGUUCGACGCCAUCAUCCCCGGCGCUAGUGGCGCCCUCCACCCCCCACCACCCCCCGCACGUGCUGCAGCCCGCGCAGCCGCACAAGCCGCAGUUCCACUUCCCAGAAGUGAAGCCUCCCGUGUCGAGUCCGAACCACGUGACACCGGCGCCGACGCCCGCUCGAAUAGUCGACUUCAGUUCAGAAGUGGAGGAGAUCGAACCUGAAGAGAUGGCGGAAACGAACGAGGCUCUGCAGGACUCGCUGGACGCCAACAACCAGAACCAGCCCGGGCCGUGGCCGAGACAAAAUAGCCUAUCGCUAAAAGAAUGGGACAUCCCAUACGACGAGCUGAUACUCCUGGACGUGAUUGGGAAAGGUCGCUUCGGCACCGUCUACCGCGGCUGCUGGCACGGCGCCGUCGCGGUCAAGCUGUUACACGUUCAGGCCCUGUCCGACCACGCCAUACCUCUAGACACCUUCAAACACGAGGUGGCAACAUUCCGUAAAACCCGUCACGAGAACCUGGUCCUAUUUAUGGGAGCGUGCAUGAAGCCGCCGCGACUCGCGAUCGUGACAUCACUGUGCGGCGGCAUGACGCUACACAUGCACAUCCACCUGCGGAAAGACAAGUUUAACCCCAACAAGAGUCUUAGUAUAGCGCAGCAGAUCACGCAGGGUAUGGGGUACCUGCACGCGCGCGGCAUCCUGCACAAGGAUCUUCGGACGAAGAAUAUCUUCGUGGAGAACGGCCGCGCCAUCAUCACCGACUUUGGCCUGUUCAGCGUCACCAAGCUGUGCUUCGGAAACAAUGCUCGCGGCGACAGUUUAGGCAUCCCGCCGGGCUGGCUGUGCUAUCUGGCACCUGAACUGAUGCGCGCACUGCGGCCGCACACAUCACUGCAUCUGCCGUUUAGUAAGCAGACUGAUGUGUACGCGUUCGGGACCGUGUGGUACGAGUUACUCUGCCUCGAUUUCCCGUUCAAAGGGCAGCCGGCUGAAGCGAUCAUCUGGCAGGUCGGCAAGGGCGUCAAGCAGGCGCUCGGCAACAUGUCCUCUACCAAGGACGUCAAGGACAUGCUAAUGAGCUGCUGGGCGUACCAGCCGUCGGAGCGUCCCGACUUCGCGUCCCUCCUCGCCUCGUUCGAGAAGCUUCCCCGCAAGCGCCUGGCGCGCUCGCCCUCGCACCCCGUGAACAUGUCGCGCUCGGCGGAGGCCAUCUUCUGAGACUGACGCGCUCGCACGCGCGCGGCCCGCGAGUGCGAGCGCAACGCCAGCGCUGUCAACGCCAUCUGCCGUGUCUCCACCUGAACCAGAUGAGAGAAAUGUAACACAGACAGUUAGUAUUUGAAAUUGUUGAACGCUAUCUUGCGAGAAAAGUCUGUAUUUUCUAAAAUGCUUCUAAGGUUGGUAUUCCACCUGUUUUAUUUCUUGGUCCAAUGUACAUUGCGUCUUACUCCUUCACUAAACAAAAUGUGAGACGCAAAUACGCAUUGGACAGGUGGAAUGCCACCCUAAAAGAUGCGAGAGCGACCGUUAGAACGUCUAAAAAAAGGAGACAAAUGAAAAAUAGUCACUAGUAAUCUGUUAGAUAGUGUUAAGACGUUUACAUGAAUUUCUAACUAUGCCUAGUUAUAGUUUCAGUUAAUUCAAUGUAAACGUAAUAAUUCUACGUUUUAUUCGAGGUUCUGAUGGAAAUUCUGGGGCAAAGGUGUGUAUUGAAGGAGCUUUGAUAGAGUACGGAAAAAUUACAGUCUCUCAAAGUAUAAGUAACCAUUAACAUUGGGAAAACAUGGCGGCAUGUGCAAAAUUAAACCUUGCCCUGAGGAACAUGAGUGGUUUUUCAAAUGAAAGUCAAAAGGUGGAUGUAAAUUACAUAAAUAACACAUACUUAAGUACUAUACACAUCUUUGUGUUGUUAGUGUUUGAUGUAACAAAACAACUUAUCGUUUAGGAAAACAAACCGGUUUUAAUUUGUAUGAAAUAUCGGUUAAUAACCGGUUAUUCCAUACAAUUAAAAACCGGUUUGUAUUCCGUACUUAUCGUUAACUUACCGCAAUAAUGACGUUUCUGACAGGUUGUACCCACAAUAGAAAUGGUCAACGCUAACUUUAUUAGUAUAAGAAUAAUUUUAAUAUCUACGUUGAAAUAAUGUUAAUUUACUCAAAUCGAUGAGGUUCCAGUGAAAAUGUAGUCUUAUAUUUUACAAUAUGAUAAUGUAAAUAAUAUCAGUAUCUUGAUCAUCCUGUAAAAUACUUGGAUAGUUGCGGUCACCUCGUUGGUUAAACGGGUUAUUCCCACUAGUUACCACCAAGUUCUUACCAGUGGUAACUACCGGGAAAAAAAAAUCCCACCUUUUACCAGAGGUAACUACUGGGAAAAAAAAAUCCCACCUUUUACCAGUGGUAACUACUGGGAAUAAAAAUUCCAAGCCGAGUUGGUGGUAACUAGUGGGAAUUUUUUUCCCCAGUAGUUACCAGUGGUAAAAGGUGGGGAAAAAAUUCCCAGUAGUUACCACUGGUAAGAACUUGGUGGUAACUAGUGGGAAUAACCCAGUUAAACAUGUAAAGCCUUGAUCUCGUAACUAGAGUAACGAGUAGGUAAAUUAUAUUUUCUUAUCAAACUGGACGUAGGUUUGUUGAACGUGUAAAUAUUGUACAGUGUUACUAGGUGUGUGGAUGAUAUGCUGGGCUUCUACUUACACAUGACCCCUAUCCCUGCAGGCAGGCAAAAAAAAAGUAGAAAUUAAAAAGUGGCAACAUAGUGUCGUCCCUUUCAAACCAAUUUAUAUAAGCAAACGGGACGACACUACAGUGUUGCUACUUUUUAAUUUUCUCUCUAUUUGCCAGACUGUAAGACGUUUUAAGCAUCAUUUUAAUACAAUGGUACUUAUGUAUCCUAGGCGAUCAAAUGGAAUUUAUUUCUUUAAAUAAAUGUAACAACAUGUCAGAUGAUAGAAACACACUCCAACAUGAUAUAAAGGUAUUGUGCAAGUGAAAGCCUAAGUGAAAGCUUAAAUUUGUAUAAAAUAAAAUAAUGUUGACUUGACGUUUAAAGUAUACAGAAUCUGUCGACCGUGAGUGUCCUUACCUUAACAAGGUGUUAUUAUGUAUAUUUCCAGGCAAACAUGUCUAAAGAAAUCUUUAGCCUAAUAAUUGGAAAUCUCUUAUCUGGCAGUUUGAGGAAAUAUAUGCUUUAUGUAGUUAGUUCUUAAGUAUUUUAUUCCUACUUUGAUUGUUCUCAUGGUUGGUACAAACAGCUACACUCGUAACUGUACAUCGGUGGACCUUAUUACAAAAAGCAUAAGGUCCGCCGAUGUACAGUUAACAGUGUGGGUGUGGAUGCACAUUGGAUGUAUCAAAGCAUCUGUAAAAACUGUUCAAACUUAUUACUAAUAGUUUCUUAACUGUCAGGAUGUUUCAAAAACUUAAAAGAUGUUGAACUGUAGUCGAUGAUGAGAAAGCGGGGCUUGGCAAAAGUAAGCUCUAAGCAAUCAUUUUAAAUUGCACACCUCACUUUAUUGUUUAAAUUCCUAUUUUAUUGGAUUACAACAAAAAUAUGAUGGCCGAGAAAUGUGCAUGUAAAAAGUUAUAUAUGUUGAAAACAAAGUAUUAUGUAAAAAUGGGGUUAAUAUUUAAGAAUGAUAAAUUAAAUUUGUUACAUCUCAUGUUAAAAUUAUUUAUUAAUCAUUUGAAUUUAAAAAUAAUUAUGUUGUAUUUGGUUUUCAUUUUCUACUUGAGAAGAUUUAAAAAAUCAUUGCAAUUAUAAUAUAAAUAAAUAUUCUGCUUUUCCUUAUCAUAUUUAAUUUCUCUCUUAGCUUUUGUGAAUCUGAAAUGAACCCCAAGAUUUAAGAACAUCAGAAAAUACCCAUUAAUUUGCCAUUAUACCUACUGAAAUUGAAAAUGUAUAUUGUCUACUUUCAUGUUAAAAAAUCAUUUAAAUUAUUUUAGACUGUAAUAUUAACCUGGUUCUUACAUUAUCCGAAUAGUAUAAAACUUGUAAUUACUUUUACUAAAUUUUAUUAAUAAUAUUAUAUAAUAAAAGAAAAUUAUUCUGGUCACUCCACUCCUAUUGAAAUUAGUUGUAAAUGGGGGGUGUUGCCACUUGAUGUGUAUAUAGGGGGCGUGGCUUGACAUGUAUCAUAUAUUUAUUGAUAGCCGAGAGUGUGAGGCCGUAGGUUUACAUAAGUAAUGAGAUUUUGAAUGAUUAGGAUAGUCGCAUUUGCCAAAAUAAAUCUCCAUCACUGUU